AUGGCCCAAACGCAGCCCACGUUCAACGAUGUCUUCGAGGAGGGCGACGUCGAGGAGGUCCCCAAGGACCCCCAGACCAUCCACCACAUUCGCGCCAACUCGAGCAUCAUGCACCUGAAGAAGAUUCUGGUUGCCAACCGUGGUGAAAUUCCCAUUCGGAUCUUCAGAACCGCCCACGAACUCUCACUGCACACCAUUGCAGUCUUCAGUUAUGAGGACCGUCUCUCCAUGCACAGACAAAAGGCCGACGAGGCAUACGUCAUUGGCAAGCGCGGCCAAUACACCCCGGUCGGUGCUUAUCUCGCUGGAGAUGAGAUCAUCAAGAUUGCCGUCGAGCAUGGCGCCCAAAUGAUUCACCCAGGCUACGGCUUCCUGUCCGAAAACGCCGAGUUCGCGCGCAACGUCGAGAAGGCCGGCUUGAUUUUUGUCGGACCUACUGCCGAUGUCAUUGACUCGCUCGGCGACAAGGUCUCUGCCCGAAAGCUCGCUAUCGCUGCCGAUGUCCCCGUCGUCCCUGGUACCGAAGGCGCCGUUGCCACCUUUGAGGAGGUCAAGUCCUUCACCGAUGAAUAUGGUUUCCCGAUCAUCAUCAAGGCCGCUUAUGGCGGUGGUGGUCGUGGUAUGCGUGUCGUGCGCGAGCAGGAGAGCUUGAAGGAGUCUUUCGAGAGAGCUACAUCCGAGGCCAAGUCUGCCUUCGGCAACGGCACCGUCUUCGUCGAGAGAUUCCUCGACAAGCCCAAGCACAUUGAGGUUCAGCUCCUCGGUGACAACCACGGCAACAUUGUCCACCUGUACGAGCGUGACUGCUCCGUCCAGCGUCGCCACCAGAAGGUCGUCGAAAUCGCACCGGCCAAGGAUCUCCCCACCGAAACUCGCGAUGCCAUCCUCAACGACGCCGUCAAGCUGGCCAAGUCCGUCAACUACCGCAACGCCGGUACCGCCGAGUUCCUGGUCGACCAGCAGAACAGGUACUACUUCAUCGAGAUCAACCCCCGUAUCCAAGUCGAGCACACCAUUACCGAGGAGAUCACCGGUAUCGACAUCGUGGCUGCCCAGAUCCAGAUUGCUGCCGGCGCUACUCUGCAGCAGCUUGGUCUGACGCAAGACCGCAUUUCCACCAGAGGUUUCGCCAUCCAGUGCAGAAUCACCACUGAGGACCCCGCAAAGGGCUUCUCGCCUGACACUGGCAAGAUCGAGGUCUACCGCUCUGCUGGUGGUAACGGUGUCCGUCUCGACGGUGGUAACGGUUUCGCCGGUGCAGUCAUUACUCCCUACUACGACUCCAUGUUGGUCAAGUGCACUUGCCACGGUUCAACAUACGAGAUUGCCCGCAGGAAGAUCCUUCGUGCUCUGGUUGAGUUCCGUAUCCGCGGUGUCAAGACCAACAUUCCUUUCCUGGCUUCUCUGCUCACCCACCCUACUUUCAUCGAUGGCAACUGCUGGACCACCUUCAUCGACGACACUCCCCAGCUUUUCGACCUCAUUGGCAGCCAGAACCGUGCGCAGAAGCUCCUUGCUUACCUCGGUGAUGUUGCCGUCAACGGCAGCAGCAUCAAGGGUCAGAUCGGCGAGCCCAAGUUCAAGGGCGAUAUUAUCCUGCCUGAGCUUCUCAACGACGAUGGCUCCAAGCUCGACGUUUCUCAGACUUGCAAGAAGGGCUGGAGGCAAAUCAUUCUCGACGAGGGCCCGAAGGCAUUCGCCAAGGCCAUUCGCCAGUACAAAGGUACGCUGCUCAUGGAUACAACAUGGCGUGACGCCCAUCAGUCUCUCCUUGCGACGAGAGUGCGAACAGUUGAUCUCCUGAACAUCUCCAAGGAGACCAGCCACGCUCUGUCCAACCUCUACAGUCUGGAGUGCUGGGGAGGUGCCACCUUCGAUGUCGCUUACCGCUUCCUCUACGAGGACCCCUGGGACCGUCUCCGUCGCAUGAGGAAAGCUGUUCCCAACAUUCCGUUCCAGAUGCUGCUUCGUGGUGCCAACGGUGUUGCGUAUGCCUCGCUUCCCGACAACGCCAUCGACCACUUCGUCGAGCAGGCCAAGAAGAACGGAGUCGAUAUCUUCCGUGUCUUCGAUGCUCUGAACGACAUCGACCAGCUUGAGUGGCGACAUGCUAGUAAGUUUGUUUUCUCAGUCUCUCCUGUUGUUGUCGUUUCCGUCGUCUUCGUCGUCUUCGUCGUCUUCGUCGUCUUCGUCGUCUUCGUCGUCUUCGUCGUCUUCGUCGUCUUCGUCGUCUUCGUCGUCUUCGUCGUCUUCGUCGUCUUCGUCGUCGUCUUCGUCGUCUUCAACCCCAAGAAGAAGUACAACCUCGAGUACUACCUCGACUUGGUCGACAAGCUCGUUGCGCUGGACAUUCACGUUCUUGGUAUCAAGGACAUGGCUGGCGUGCUCAAGCCCCACGCUGCCACGCUUCUGAUCGGCGCGAUUCGCAAGAAGUACCCCGAUCUCCCCAUUCACGUGCACACUCACGACUCUGCCGGUACGGGUGUUGCUUCUAUGGUCGCUUGCGCCAAGGCCGGUGCCGAUGCCGUCGACGCUGCCACCGAUAGCUUGUCUGGCAUGACCUCUCAGCCAAGUAUCAACGCCAUCAUUGCCUCCCUGGAGGGCAGCGAGCACGACACUGGACUGAACCCUGCUCAUGUCCGCGCUCUGGACACCUACUGGCAGCAACUGCGUCUGCUAUACUCCCCCUUCGAGGCUCAUCUCGCCGGCCCUGACCCUGAGGUGUAUGAGCACGAGAUCCCCGGUGGUCAGCUCACCAACAUGAUGUUCCAAGCUGCUCAACUGGGUCUUGGUACGCAGUGGGCCGAGACCAAGAAGGCUUAUGAGCACGCCAAUGACCUCCUUGGCGACAUUGUCAAGGUUACGCCCACCUCCAAGGUUGUUGGUGACCUGGCUCAGUUCAUGGUCUCCAACAAGCUUACCGAGGACGACGUCAAGGCCCGUGCUUCCGAGCUCGAUUUCCCUGGCUCCGUCCUUGAGUUCCUUGAGGGUAUGAUGGGUCAGCCGUACGGCGGAUUCCCUGAGCCUCUCCGCUCUGAUGCUCUCCGUGGCCGCAGGAAGCUCGACAAGCGCCCUGGUCUGUUCCUUGACCCUGUCGACUUCGCCAAGGUCAAGCGCGACCUCCACAAGAAGUUCGGUGGCCCCAUCACCGAGUGUGACAUUGCGGCGUACGUCAUGUACCCCAAGGUCUUCGAGGACUACAAGAAGUUCAUCCAGAAGUACGGUGAUCUCUCCGUGCUGCCGACCAAGUACUUCCUGUCUCGCCCCGAGAUCGGUGAGGAGUUCCACGUCGAGCUCGAGAAGGGCAAGGUCCUCAUCCUGAAGCUCCUGGCCAUCGGCCCCCUGAGCGAGAACACCGGCCAGCGCGAGGUGUUCUACGAGAUGAACGGUGAAGUCAGACAGGUCACCGUCGACGACAACAAGGCGUCGGUUGAGAACGUCAGCCGGCCCAAGGCCGACCCCUCCGACUCGAGCCAGGUCGGCGCACCCAUGGCCGGUGUCUUGGUCGAGCUCCGUGUCAAGGACGGAUCCGAUGUCAAGAAGGGUGACCCUAUUGCUGUUCUCAGCGCCAUGAAGAUGGAAAUGGUCAUCUCUGCGCCGCACAACGGAAAGGUCUCCACCCUCCAGGUCAAGGAGGGCGACUCCGUCGACGGCUCGGACCUGGUGUGCAGGAUCGUCAAGGCUUGA